AUGAAGCCAGAGUUUAAAUGUUGGAGUAAAAAGUGGAGAAAAGAUAAAGUGGAAGUUGAAGAGCUGAUUGAGGCUGCAGGUCGUGUGGAGUAUCAGGACAACAUGAAGAACCAACACAUCCUGACCAUCAACAACCUGAAGAAGAAUGACUCAGGAGGAUACACAUUCAGAUUCCAGAAAGAUCAUGAAGGAUGGACACAGUCUGAUCUGCCUGGAGUCUUUUUGAUUGUCACAGAGCUGAGAGUGAAGAUGAGUCCUUCUGCAGUGGUGACAGAGGGUCAGAGAGUCACACUGACCUGCAGUACCAGCUGUCCUCUGACUGACAACACAAACUACAUUUGGUACUUGAACAGUCGACCUCUGACCCCGAGAGAGAACCAGAACAAACAUCUGAUCCUAGACCCAGUCAGCAGGGAGGAUGCAGGAAGCUACUCCUGUGCUGUGAAAACCAACAAAGAUAUCAGCUCUGCUCCAAAGACUCUCACUGUCCAAAGUAUCACAGGAAGGACACGAGGAGUUUCUCUAAAUCCUGAUCCUGCAUGUGAAGACGUCUUAGCUCAGCCACAGGUGGAGGAUGAAGUCCACUACAGCAAAGUCUACAUCUUCAAAAACCACACAGAUCCUCUUUUUUCCACCAUAGAGCCACUUCAGCCCAGAGACGAGCAGCAUGCUGAUUACGCUGCUGUGAAGUGUAGACAUAAAACAAGCUCUGAUGGAGAAUCUGUUGUCAUUUCAGCAGAAACAGACGACAGUUAA